ACGUCAUAAAUCUGCGCCUUCGGUCCGGUUGUUUUGAAAAGCAGAGGUGUACCUUGUUCUAGAACUUUAUCGUGUUAUAUAUUUGGAGAUGCUUCUGAACGUUGCAGAGUAAUAUCUCGUAAAAUGUUUAUGCCGAGAGCCCUUAAAGUGAAGAGACCAGCAGAGGACCGAAAUCAUAUUUUGAAGAGGAGUAAAGGUGACGUAGAUCAGGAUCAGAACAAUGGCGAAGUCGGCUCGACGACGCAUGUUCACCAGGGGCUCACAGACUGCAAAGUCGAAGAUAACACAGUAAAACCGGGUAGGGACCCAGUCACCGAGGUUAAGAUCCCAUUACAAGAGGACCAGGAGUGUUCUUCAAGUGGCACUGAAAAAGUUGAAGAUAACGCAGUAAAACCAGGUGGGGACCCCGUCGAUGUGGUUAAGAUCCCAUUACAAGAAGAGGAGCAGGAGUGUUCUGCAAGUGGUACUGAAGAAGAGGAAGAACCGGUGAAGUCAUUCAAAAAGAAUCAGAGAUGGGCAGAGCCAGGAGAACCUAUCUGUGUGAUGUGUGGUCGCUAUGGAGAGUACAUCUGUGACAGCACUGACAGUGAUGUUUGCAGUCUGGAAUGCAAAGCCCGCCACUUGGCCCAAAUGGGCUUUGGGACUGGGGCAGAAAUCUUUCAUCAGAAGGACACAAAUAAAGAUAAAGAAAGUCAUCAAGAUGAACUUACUACAUCCUCUACAGAUGCAUUUGAAAUAAACUAUUCCUAUAAAGAGGAUUUGUUCAUAUCAGGGCUAACUGAUGUGCAGGUGCAGCAUAUUAAACAAGAACUGGGCAUUGAAACCCAGGGGAGAGAUGUAAGGAGGCCAAUCAUAGAAUUUGCACACUGCGGCUUCCCUGCUACUCUUAAUGCCAACUUGAAGUCAGCUAGUUAUGACGUGCCUACGCCAGUGCAGAUGCAGAUGCUGCCUGUUGGUCUCACUGGCAGGGAUGUGAUCACAAGUGCUGACACAGGGUCCGGCAAGACUAUAGCUUUUCUCCUGCCAGUUGUCCUGAGGGCAAUAAAGGAGCAAACUCAGAGAGUGGGCAGCCCAGUGGCACUCAUCUUGACUCCGACCAGAGAACUGGCCAUACAGAUAGAGAGACAGGCUAAAGAGGUGGUGAUUGGCCUGCCCAAUAUGAGAACUGCCCUGCUAGUGGGAGGCAUGCCUCUACCCCCUCAGCUCCACCGACUCAAGCACAGCAUUAAAAUCGUCAUAGCAACCCCAGGGCGACUCCUCGAGAUUUUAAAGCAGAAAGCUGUAAAGCUGGAUAAAGUGAAGAUUGUUGUGGUUGAUGAGGUUGACACUAUGCUUAAGAUGGGCUUCCAGCAGCAGGUACUAGAAGUUUUAGAGCAUGUCCCUGAAGUUCACCAGACCCUCCUGGCAUCAGCCACCAUCCCGACAGGGACAGAGGAGCUGGCGGCCCGACUGGUGCGUGAUCCAAUCCGUAUUGCUGUAGGAGAGAAGAACCAGCCCUGCGCCAACGUCCGACAGAUCCUGCUGUGGGUUGAGGAACCCUCGAAAAAGAAGAAGCUGUUUGAAAUUCUCAAUGACAACAAGUUAUACCAACCUCCAGUGGUAGUGUUUGUGGACUGCAAACUUGGUGCUGAUCUGCUAUGUGAAGCGGUUGUCAAGGUGACAGGACUCAAUACAGUGGCAAUCCACUCUGACAAGAGCCAGUUGGAACGUAAUCGCAUCCUCAAGGGGCUUCUGGAGGGGGACUUUGAGGUGGUGAUCAGUACCGGCGUGCUUGGCAGAGGACUGGACUUGGCUAAUGUCAGAGUGGUGGUUAAUUUUGAUAUGCCGAACACCAUGGAUGAAUAUGUCCAUCAGGUGGGAAGAGCGGGCCGUCUGGGACACAGGGGAACUGCCAUCACCUUUCUUAACAAUAACAACAAACGACUGUUUUUGGGGGUGGUGAAUAGGGUCAAACCAACAGGAACCAUCCUACCCCCACAGCUCCUCAACUCACCUCAUCUCUAUGAGCAGCAGAGAAGAGAAAAACAGCAAGGCAAGUUUGGACCUGGUGACACACUGGUGAACAAAAAUAACCUCAUUGAUAUUAUCAAGAAACAUGACCGACGGAAAAAAUAGUCUUACAAUUAAUGCCCCCUUCUGCUGACUAAGUGGUCAUUGAAGUAUUUGUAUAGAUGCUGUAUGUAAAGUGAUUAUGUCUUCAGCUCAUGCAUUCUUUCAAUCUAUUAUGUAUUUUAUGUUUACCACAGAGUAUCACUUACACAAUGAACGUGUAAUAAACUUGUCUCAUCCACAUGGUGCUGUUGAGGAAUAAUUUCUAGGAGUUGAAAAAAAAAACUAAGAAAAAAAA